GACUCCCAAGGAGAGUCCACAUCCCCCUAACCCCUCUGGCCAGUGCCCCAUCUGUCGUUGGAACCUGAAGCACAAGUAUAACUAUGAGGAUGUCCUGCUCCUGAGCCAGUUCAUCCGUCCUCAUGGAGGCAUGCUGCCCCGAACGGUCACAGGCCUGUGCCAGGAGGAGCACCGCAAGAUUGAGGAGUGCGUCAAGAUGGCCCACCGCGCAGGUCUGUUACCCAAUCACAGGCCGAAGCUUCCUGAAGGGUUUGUUCCCAAGAGAAAACCCCAGCUCAACCGAUACCUGACACGUUGGUCUCCCAAAUCCGUCAAGCCCAUCUACAAUAAAGGCCACCGCUGGAACAAAGUGCGCAUGGCUGUGGGGUCCCCCCUGCUGAAGGACAAUGUCUCCUAUUCGAGAAAGCCUUUGGUGCUGUAUCACUGACUGAGGGCGGGCUCCCUGA